AUGCCUAUGGUCCAGUCGUGUUUGCUUAAAACCACGCUGUGUGACACCGUGUCCCCUCCCUACAAAACCACGCUGUGUGACACCGUGCCCCCUCCCUACAAAACCACGCUGUGUGACACCGUGCCCCCUCCCUACAAAACCACGCUGUGUGACACCGUGCCCCCUCCCUACAAAACCACGCUGUGUGACACCGUGCCCCCUCCCUACAAAACCACGCUGUGUGACACCGUGCCCCCUCCCUACAAAACCACGCUGUGUGACACCGUGCCCCCUCCCUACAAAACCACGCUGUGUGACACCGUGCCCCCUCCCUACAAAACCACGCUGUGUGACACCGUGCCCCCUCCCUACAAAACCACGCUGUGUGACACCGUGCCUCCUCCCUACAAAACCACGCUGUGUGACACCGUGCCCCCUCCCUACAAAACCACGCUGUGUGACACCGUGCCCCCUCCCUACAAAACCACGCUGUGUGACACCGUGCCUCCUCCCUACAAAACCACGCUGUGUGACACCGUGCCCCCUCCCUACAAAACCACGCUGUGUGACACCGUGCCCCCCCCCCUACAAAACCACGCUGUGUGA